CCCCGCUAUUUCUUCAUGCUCAAUCGUCUCAACCUACUCACGCGUCAUUUCGCCAGACCAUACUUUACCCGUCCAUCAGCCCCUACUCUCUCAUCUCCGUUCCUGGCAGGCCCGUUCGCGAUGACAUCAGCCGCACACGCGAAGCCCAUCCACACGGCUGCAUGCCUGAUCAUUGGUGAUGAGGUUCUCGGUGGAAAGACCAUCGACACCAACUCCCCCUUCCUGGCCAAGUUCUGCUUCUCCCUCGGCAUCCAGCUGAAGCGUGUAGAGGUCAUCCCCGACGAUGAGGAGGACAUCAUAGAAGCGAUUCGCCGCAUGAGCUCCCGCUACGACUUUGUCGUCACCAGCGGAGGAAUUGGGCCAACACACGAUGAUAUCACCUACUCCUCAAUCGCAAAGGCAUUCAACCUCAAGCUCCAACUCCACGAAGCCGCCUUCGAGCGCAUGAAGAGACUCUCCAAGCCACACCCCAUGCAACCGAACUUCGACUGGGAGACGCCCUCCCCAGGUUUGAACGCCAAAUUGCGCAUGGUCGAGCUCCCCUUCGACCCCAAGAUUCCGGCUGAGCACCAGGCCGUCUUCGUCGCAGAUGAUAUGUGGGUUCCUGUUGCUGUUGUUAACGGUAACGUGCACAUCCUUCCCGGUGUGCCGCGACUGUUUGAGCGCUUGCUGGAGAACUUGAAGCCGUCGCUCGUCCCGAGAUUGACGCAUCUGGAGGGCAAGGGAACCCACCGGUUCAUGAUCAGUACGCCUUUGCCUGAGAGUGCGGUUGCACCGUUCUUGACUGAGCUUGCGGCGAAGGUUGAGCCGCGUGGUGUGAAAGUUGGAAGUUAUCCUCGCUGGGGUAAGAAGCGGAAUACCGUUACCCUGGUUGGUGCUGAUAAGGAAUACUUGGAGUCUCUUGUGCAGGAGGUUGAGGCAGGUGUGCAGGGCAAGUUGGUGUCUAAGGAAGAUGAGCUGGAUGCUCCCGAAGACGAGGAUCGGGUUUACAGUCAGUAA